AUGCAAAACAAGAGAACGGGCCAUCAGAGGACGCCACUAAUUUCUCGGGCCACCACAAGCAUUGGUGAAGCACCUAUUGGGGCCUCUUAUCACCUGCGCUCAGGGCUAUCUUCCAUCCAGUCUACACGAGGUCAGACCUCACUGCCUGUAGAAGAAGAGGUCAAGAUAUUUCCGCUGCCGGAAGAACUUUUAGUCAAUAUGAAUCAUAUCCUUAGUCAAAGGCAGCAAUCUGCCAUGGUCUCGUCUCCGGAUGCUCCGCUCAAGCAGCCUCCAUCAAGGGGCCUAGCUCGCCCCAGACGGGUGCUGGCCGUUGUUGUGGUCGUGUUCUCAGAAUACAACAUGUUGGAUCAGCUCUAUCAAAUCUAA